AUGGUAACAUCCUCAGAAUUUAGUGAUAGUUUCUUCAUUAACCCAAAACAAGAACCAGAACAAACUGAUGAAAAACUAAUAGAUAUACCUGAUACUUAUAUUGAAAAAAGUACUAAAAGUGUAGAUGAAAUUCAAGCUAAAAUAAGUGAGGUUCAAAAUGAUAUCGAUAAAAAACUUCAAGAACUUUGCUAUCCACCAGAAGAUAUUUCUCAGAGUGAGGUCUUACAAAUAAAAGAAGAAUAUUUAAACCUUGUUAAAUUGUUAAAUGGAUUGGUUAUUGAAUAUAAUGGAAGGAUUAAUGGAAUGACAGAUGGAACUAAAAAAAGAAAAGAUGUUAUUGUUGUUACAAGUCCAAAUGAAAGAUUUAUUGAUAUACUACGUGGUAAAGUACGUAAAUUAUUCUUAGGUACUCUUCGUGAUUAUUGUAUAAUAUCUCCUGAUAUCGAAUAUUGUGAAUUACUAAAUUCAUCAACAAAUAUAUACAAACAACUUUUUGGACAGAAAGAUUUUGGUGUAUUUUGUGUUACUGAGUAUGGAAAUGUUUUUGGUAUAUUCUUUCAUUCUGUUAAAAUACUUAGAAACCAAACCUUUGUUUGUAAUAAAUCUGCUUUAUUCAUUAUAAGAAGAAAUGGAAUGAAAGAAUAUAUUCCACUUGUAAGUAAAAGAGAAAGUGAUAUUUAUAUUGUAUUUGGGCAUAAUAAUAUUGAAGAUGAUUUGAUGAUAACAAUUAUUAAUAGUAAAGGAUAUGGAAUACAAUUUUAUAAUAACAAAGUUAGUAUUAUUGGUGAUAUUCAAAAAUGUAUUUAA